AGACAGUUACACACGUGCGAAAAAAAAAGAGUUGGGUUUGUAUCUCUCUUCCUUCCUUCCUUCCUUAGUAGCAAAACCAAAGGGAAAGAGACGAUGCGAUCGGGCUAAAAGUGCAGCACUAAUAGUUCUGCAUUCUGCAACACACACAGAGUGAGGAACACAAAGAGAGAGAUUGAAGCGAGGAAGAGAGAUAUUGGCAUCGUAAACGAUUGAGUGUGGAUUCGAGUGUUAAUCGAGAAUAGAUAGAAACAUCGUUACCGACGUUUUGGGGGAUCCAAUGCGUUCGUAAUUAGAAGGCAUUGAUUCAAUCUAAAUCGGAAAUAUGAAAGGCGGAGGCGGUGGAGGAGGUGGUGGAGGCGGCGGCGGAAAACGCCGGUGGAAAGUUCUGGUUAUUGGAGUUUUGGUUCUUGUUAUCCUCUCUAUGCUUGUUCCUCUUGCCUUCUUGCUCGGCCUUCACAACGGCUUUCACUCUCCUGGAUUUGUCACUGUCCAACCAGCUUCUCCUUUCGAGAGCUUAAGCAGAAUCAAUGCUACCAAACAUUCCCAGAGAGAUCUAUCUGACCGGGUCGAUGAUGUUCUCCACAAAAUCAAUCCAGUUCUUCCCAAGAAAAGCGACAUAAACGUGGGUUCCAGAGAUAUGAAUAGGACAAGCAGCAGUGAUUCUAAAAAAAAAGGAUUACCAGUGUCCCCAGCUGUUGUUGCCAACCCAAGCCCUGCAAAUAAAACAAAAACUGAAGCCUCGUACAAAGGUGUUCAGGGGGCAAUAGCAAAUGCUGAUGAAACUCAGAAGACUUGUGAAGUGAAAUAUGGGAGCUACUGCCUCUGGAGGGAGGAAAAUAAGGAACCAAUGAAAGAUGCGAAGGUGAAGCACAUGAAGGACCUGCUAUUUGUGGCUAGGGCAUACUAUCCAAGUAUUGCUAAAAUGCCUUCUCAAACCAAGUUGACUCGAGAUAUGAAACAGAAUAUCCAAGAGUUUGAGAAAAUUCUUAGUGAAAGUUCAGCAGAUGCUGACCUUCCACCACAGGUUGAUAAAAAGUUUCAGAAGAUGGAAGCUGUAAUUUCAAAGGCAAAGUCUUUUCCAGUCGACUGUAACAACGUUGACAAGAAAUUGAGACAGAUCCUGGAUUUGACUGAGGAUGAAGCAAGUUUCCACAUGAAACAGAGUGUGUUCCUCUACCAGCUUGCAGUACAGACAAUGCCUAAGAGUCUCCAUUGCUUGUCAAUGAGACUGACUGUGGAAUAUUUCAAGUCAGCUUCACUUGAUAUUGAGGAUAGUGAGAAAUUUUCAGAUCCCUCAUUGCUUCACUUUGUUAUCAUCUCCGAUAAUAUCCUUGCAUCAUCCGUUGUGAUCAACUCAACUGUUUUACACGCAAGGGAAAGUAAAAACUUUGUUUUCCACGUACUGACAGACGAGCAGAAUUACUUUGCGAUGAAACAGUGGUUUAUCAGGAAUCCCUGCAAACAAGCAACUAUUCAAGUAUUGAACAUUGAAAAACUCGAGCUGGACAAUUCUGAUUUGAAACUGUCUCUGCCUGCGGAGUUCCGUGUCUCCUUCCCCAGUGGUGACAAUUCGGCAUCACAACAGAAUCGAACACACUACUUAUCUCUUUUCUCUCAAUCUCACUAUCUUCUUCCAAAAUUAUUUCACAAGUUGGAAAAGGUUGUGAUUCUGGAUGAUGACGUUGUAGUCCAGCGAGACUUAUCUCCCCUUUGGGACCUUGACAUGGAAGGGAAAGUGAAUGGUGCGGUGAAGUCCUGCUCUGUGAGAUUGGGUCAGCUAAAGAGUCUUAAGAGAGGGAAUUUUGAUACUAAUGCUUGUCUCUGGAUGUCUGGAUUGAAUGUCAUUGACCUUGCUAGAUGGAGGGAAUUGGGUGUUUCAGAAACCUACCAGAAAUUUUAUAAAGAGCAGAUGAGUGGUGGAGAGGAGUCGAGAGAAGCAAUUGCAUUGCAAGCAAGCUUGCUUACGUUUCAAGACAAAGUUUAUGCUCUUGAGGACAAAUGGGCACUAUCGGGACUUGGUUAUGACUACUAUAUCAAUACCCAAACCAUAAAAAACGCAGCCAUCUUGCACUACAACGGGAACAUGAAGCCGUGGCUUGAGCUGGGAAUCCCACAGUACAAAAGCUAUUGGAGAAAGCAUCUGAAUCGAGAAGACCGGUUCUUGAGUGACUGUAACGUGAAUCCUUGAUGAGUAAGUAAACUACACGGACAAUGCUUUAGAAGGCAGGUCACACGCAAAGCAAAGAUUUAGAGUGGUGGUUACGCAACAUCUCAUUUUUUUGGGGGUAAAUAAACCCGAAUGCAUUGCAGGAGAAAUGCUGAAGGGAAAAAAGCAAUCAGAAGUGGGUUAAAAGUGAUAGCUUAUUGAUUCUAAGAGACGUGAUGACGAUGCUUGAAAAGCUUUUAUAUGAUUAGAAAAGAAAAAAAAAAAAGAGAGAAUGUGAAGUGAAGAAUCUUAGAUGUUGUAUAUGAUUUUUGGCAGAGAGUUGUGCCAUUCUUUUCCUCGUAUUAUUUUCCAUUUUCACAUGUGUUUCCUUUUUUUUUAUUCGUACCAAUAUUAGAAGUCGAUAAGGAUUUUAUCUAUUUCUAAAUGGAACCAGUUUUCAAGAGUUUUGUUGAA